AUGAGCACCUUUGGAUUGAAGAAGGAUCAGCCUUCUUCAACUGAACAACAUCCUACUCGAAUUAUAAUAGCAUUGGACUUGGAUGCAUUUUAUGUGGCCGCCUCACGCAAAAGAGAUCCCAGCUUGAACGGAUUACCGGUUGCGAUCAAGCAAAAGACGAUUUGUGCCACUACAUCCUACGAAGCACGGGCUAAAGGUGUGCAAAAGUUAAUGAGAAUUCGGGAUGCUGUCGCAAAAUGUCCCGAACUCAUCUUUGUAGAUGGAGAAGAUUUGUCCUAUUUUAGGAAAAUCAGUACAGAAAUCUUCAAGAUUGUAUCUUCUAUGGUUAGAGAUGGAUUAGUGGAAAAAUUAGGAAUGGAUGAGCUGUUUUGCGAUGUGACGUCAAUGGUAGAAGAUCGAUACAAUGAGGAGAUCGCCGGCAUAUGUCCUCCUGUCAAACCGUUUGGCAACGUCUUACCACAACGCACCAAACAUCGACUGGAACAAAAGAAAGGAGAUUUGGACGAAUUCGAUCCUCUCACCAGGAAACUCUUCAUUGCUUCCAACUUAGCCCAAACAAUUCGUGAACGUGUUGCAGAAGAAGUCGGCUUGACAUCCAGUGCAGGAAUAGCAACUUCGAAAUGUUUAGCCAAAUUGAUAGGAAAUUUGCACAAACCCAAUCAGCAGACGGUACUAGCACCUUGUGAUCCUGCCUUUGCCACGCAGGAUACACAGGAACUAAUCGAUCCAUUUCCCAUCAGAAAAGUUAAUGGCUUCGGCUCAGUGACGACUGCUAGGAUGUGUGAAGUAGCAAGCUCAACCACGGGAGUACCAGAAAAUACAGUCACUCCAGAAAGUAUGACAAUCUUGGUCGCACGAACGUUGUUUGAUCAUACAGCGUUGAGUGAAAUGUUUGGUGAAAGGAUCGCGACUCGAUUGCAUGCUUUAUUGCAUGGCAUAGACGAUGAACCCGUAAUUAAAGCGCCAGAUUUUCCUGCUCAAAUCAGUAUCGAAGAUUCAUACUUUGGCUUGCCGUUUGAGAAAGUUCCUGAACAAUUUGUCAAAUUGGGAGAUAGCCUAUUGCGAAGACUAGAGUUGGAAUUGAUGUCACAUCCAGAUCCACGGCAAGAAAGCGAAGAAGAAAAGGUGCGCAAACAAGAAGCUGAAGCAGAGAUGGUAGAAGUGCCUCUCGAUAUAUUCGGCAAUCCUCGUUCAACUUGGCUUCGUUACCCGCUCUCUCUAAGAUUGACCACCCGACAAGGAUAUACGAACCGUAUAAGUCGACAAACGCGAAUGCCAGUGGAAAUCUUUGAUAUUAGUGUACCACGGAUCGAACGAGCAAAAGUUCUUAUGCAUAGCUGUGAAGCAUUAUUUCGAGCUGUGAUUCAGUUUGAAGGUAAUAAAGGCAUGGGUAUACAUUUGAUCAACCUUGCCGCAAUCGAUUUGAGCGUUCAUCGUCCCAAUCAAUCGAUCGGUGGCUUUUUCAAACAGCCUGUACAAGCACGCACACCCGUUGUGGAAAGCAGACAAAUCAUUGAAGAACCUAUCCCUGAGACAAAUCAGAUUGAUAUGGCAUUCUUGAUGGAAUUACCCGAGGAUGUGCGCCGGGAAGUAGCACAAGAGUAUGGCAUCGAGUUGCCAACAGAAGCGAACCAAUCCGCUGGAUCCCAAUAUGAACCCUUAUCACAGUCAUCCAUCCUCUCAACACAGAGUUCAGCUUCAACAAUGUUGUGCUCUCAUUGUGGACUGUCUAUGUCAUCGUGGCUCCAGCACGAUCACGAGCGUUGGCCUGAUACAGGUCUACCGCACAAACACAAAGAUGAAGAUAUGGAUGAUCUGGACUGGGAUGAUGAAGAUGAUGAUGUAAUGUCAAUCUAG